UAUAGAUCCUUAAACCUCUUCAACCAUCAUCAUUCAGUGAAUGUGGAAAGUUUUCGACGAGUUUAAGAACUAAUGAAUAACUUUCAAUCAAACAAUGAAAGAGUGAAAACUGACCAGAAUUUGUGCACGUUUUUCUAUCUUUCUUACCCAAAUCCAAAAGGAAGGUGCAAAAAAGAAAAAUGUCAGAAAAUUGACAGGAAGCGGUGAGUCAAAUGUGGACAACGGUUAGCCACAGCCAUUGCCAACUCUGUCUCACCUACCACCACUAUUACACCAAAAACCAUAAUCAAACACCGACGAUCCAUUAUAACAUUCAAGUAUUCAUCAUUUCCGAAUCCAUACAGAAUCACUUCCAAAAUCCUAAUUGGAAGAUUAACACAAUUAAUCCUCAUCCAUGGAAAAAAUGCAAGUUAAAAUCCAAGAAACCGCCGUAAUUUACCCUUCCUCAGCCCCUUUCACGGACGAUCAUGUCCUCCAACUUUCCCACCUCGACACCGAUCGCAACCUCCAAGUCACCUUCCGUUACCUCCGAGUCUAUCUAAACUCCGAUGACCACGAAAACAAACCCAAUUCCACCCCGUUCCAGGUCAUCACUUCUGCCCUUUCCGCCGCCCUUGUACGGUACUACUACUUCGCCGGUAGUCUCCGUCGCCGAUCAUCCUCCGACGAUAACCGUCUGGAGCUCUACUGUGAAGCGGGUAAAGGGGUGCCGGUCAUUCGGGCUGAAGUUGAUUUCCCCUUGAGCUCUGUUAAUUACCUCGACGAUGACCCGGAUGAGGAGUUCGUCGAAGGGCUGGUUCCUGACCCGACCCUUGACGAAGUGAUGGCCCACCCGAUGACCUUACAGCUCACGAUGUUUAGUUGUGGUGGGUUUGUUCUCGGGGCGGCGCUCCAUCAUUCUCUGUGCGACGGGCUCGGGGCGACCCUGUUCUUCAAUGCCAUGGCGGAGCUUGCCCGGGGAGCCAACCAGAUUCCGGUGGAACCCGUUUGGGAUAGGAUGAAAUUGCUCGGGACGAGGAACCCACCUCGUAUUGAGUUCCCGAUUCAGGAAUUUCUAAGCCUUGAUCGGGAUUUCCCGCCUUACUCGGAGAAAACAGGGCGGGUUGUGAGAGUAUUUUUUCCGGUGAAGGAUGACUGGUUGGACCGGCUGAAGGGUAUUCUGUUUGAUCAGUCCAGCCUGAAAUUUACUGCCUUUGAAGCUCUGGGUGCUUUUAUUUGGCGGGCACGGGUAAAGGCUUCCAAGAUUCCCAGCAAUGAGACUGUAAAGUUUGCUUAUUCAAUCAACGUUAGAAAGAUUGUAAAGCCUCCAUUGCCAGCUGGAUACUGGGGAAACGGCUGUGUUCCGAUGUAUGUCGUCGCGACGGCCGGAGAUGUUGUGGAGCAACCGAUCUGGAAAACAGCAGAGCUAAUCAAGAAGAGCAAGUACAACGUCUCCGAUGAAUAUGUUCGAUCGUUUAUCGAUUUCCAGGAGCUGAAUUACGACAAAGGGAUUACGGCAGGAACUAAUAUUAGUGGAUUUACUGACUGGAGGCACUUGGGACAUUCGACGGUGGAUUUCGGGUGGGGUGGUCCGGUGACGGUUUUCCCACUUUCCCGGAAUCUGCUCGGAAGCGUUGAACCUUGUUUCUUCCUGCCGUAUUCAUCGGUUAAUCAAGGUCCAAAAGAUGGGUUUAAGUUAUCUGUGUAUUUGCAAGAACAUGCUGUGGGAGGAUUCAAAGAAGAAAUGAAUAGAUUGAAAUUUUUGGAACGGGCCUGCCUUUGAUUCCACAAACGGGGUUAUGGGAAUUAGUGUGGAAGUGGUUUCAUGACAACUUUGCAUAAUAAACCCAAGACAGAGUGGUUUGGUAGUUACUAUUAUUGGUGUAUAAUUUGUACGAUUUUUUACGUUUUGCCGCUCAGAAAUGAAAUUGAUAGUACUUCAUUGAAGUUUCACAAAAUUUUAGAUUUGUAGUUUUUUUUUCUUUUUUUUUUUAUUAGUUGGAAUCAGUGUUGUCAAGCUCGGCUCGGACCGGUCGGUUGAACCGGUUAAACGGGGAAUCGGACCUCAAACCGAG